UCCACCUUCUGUCAAGAGGGGAAACACUCCCAGAAAUGUCCACCUCCAGCAAUGUCUUGUCUGAAGAGCAGUUCCUGUGCUCCAUCUGUCUGGAUGUGUUCACUGAGCCAGUCUCUAUUCCAUGUGGACACAACUUCUGCAAGGCCUGUAUCAGCGGAUACUGGAACAGCACUGCCCUGUGCCAGUGUCCACUGUGUAAGGAGACAUUCAACAGAAGACCUGAACCAAAAACCAACACAACACUCAGAGAUGUUGCAGAUCAUUUUAAGAGGAUGAAGGUCACAGAUGGAGAGGAGUCAACUUCCAAUCCUGGAGAAGUAGCACAAGUGCAGCAGAUGAUCCAGGAGCGACUGCAGAAGGUUAGGGAGAUCAAAUACUCAGUAGAGCUCAGCCAGAGAGAUGCAGAGAGAGAGAUAGCAGAAAGUGUGGAGGUCUUCACUGCUCUGGUGCGCUCCAUUGAGAGAAGUCAGGCAGAGCUCAUUGAAGUGGUUGAGGAGAAGCAGAAAGCAGCUGAGAGGCAGGCUGAAGGGCUCAUUGAAGAGCUGGAGCAGGAAAUCACUGAGCUGCUGAGGAGAGGCACUGAGCUGGACCACCUCCACCACCCCCAGUACUGCCCACCCCCAUACCUCCCCACACACACCAAGGACUGGUCUGAGAUCAGUGUUCCCAGGGAUCUGCAUGUAGGAACUGUGAGGAGAGCUCUGUCUCAGCUGGAGGAGACACUUCUGAAAGAGAUGGAGAAGUUGUGUAAUGCUGAGCUGAGGAGUUUACGACAGUGGUCAGUGGAUGUGACUCUGGAUCUUGAUUCAGAACACCCCAUGCUCAUUGUGUCUGAGGACAGGAAACAAGUGCGCUAUGGAAAUACAUGGCGGAAUAUCCCUGACAACCCAAAGAGGUUUGAUCAACAUCUAGCUGUCCUGGGAAAGGAAGGCUUCUCCUCAGGGAGAUUCUAUUUUGAGGUUCAGGUUAGGGGGAAAUUUGAAUGGGAGUUAGGAGUGGCCAGAGAGUCCAUCAUCAGGAAGGGCCCAACAGCUAAAAGCCCAGAUGGUGGACUCUGGGCUCUGUAUAUGACGGGUGAGAAUAAGUAUGAGGUCAAGGAAACCCCCCCUAUCCCCCUCUCCCUCAGCCAGAAACCCCAGAAGGUCGGGGUGUUUGUGGAUUACGAGAAGGGUCAGAUCUCCUUUUAUGAUGUGGAAAACAGGUCUCAUAUCUACUCUUUCUCUGGUUGUACCUUCACUGAGAAACUAUAUCCAUACUUGAACCCCUGUGAUAAUUGUGAGGGUCCAAACACAGCCCCAUUGGUCAUCUCUCCUGUCAAUCACACUGACUGAAUUGGUGUCCAAUAAGGGAACAGAUUACUUAAUCUGAUUGAGCAAAUAACAAUUAGGCUAAAACAUGCAAUUGUAAAGAGUGUUGAUAAUAGUGUUGAUAGUAAUGGGCUACGUUCCAGGGCGUCUGCCAAGCAGUCAUACACUACAUUUCACAACACCUGGAUAGGUGUUUAACAUCAUGCCAGAAACCGCAUCAAUAUGAUAUUGUAAUCUGAUGCAUGACUGCAAUGUAUCUAACGUGGUGUUCAAUGAUUGGUUAAUUUGUGCAGCGUGACUUCUUUUGCGGUCUGGACCAUGAUGUUUGAUAUGGUUUUGGUGCAUCUUUUAAAUAAAUCUGAUCUACAGUAGAAUAUUAUGUUUUAGUUUGUCUGUCUUCAUUCCCAUUUAUUCUUAACGUUUCAGUAUAGUGUGUUGAGACCGCUUUCGGAUUAAUUUGGGAGUAUGUACUGAAUUAGCUCAACCUAGCAAGAUGCAUCGAACUUCUUGUGAGUUUGUUUUAAUUGUAUGUGGUCCAUGUCAAAUAAACAUCAUAAAUAAAAUGAAUACAUCUUUUGUUGUGGUUUUUAUGGGUCUAAAAUUGCUUAUAAGGGUGAUGCAUCCCAGAGGGCAGUGGA